GGGGGAGAUAAUUGUUUCAAUUUGGAGUUUAGUCCCGAGCUGUGCAUAGAGAAGGAACACAUUCCUACUACAUUGCCAGUAAGUUUGUAGACCUUUAAACUGGGGGCUCCUAAGAGAAAUGGAGGGCUCAAUGACUAACAACGUUCCAAGAAUUCGGCUUUAACAGAAAUGUGAGCACAGCAAAGGGCAAUUACUCUCUACAACUAAGUUUUUUAAAGCAAAGGUCAGAACUAUUUUUAAGCUACGGCCAUGGCCUCAACUGACCGCCCCGACACAGAGCACUUGCGGCUCCGCAUCGUGGAAAUGGUCAAAAAUCAAAGCCGUGGUGACGUCGCUCUCGCCAAGACUCGGGCCCAAGUCCCGGAAACUUUCGACAAAACGGAAAGUGUUAGAAACACCGUGCUUCUUCAGCAAGGUCAACUUAAACCAGACACAGUAACUGACCGCAGCACGUCCGCUCAGUAUCGGGCGUUACCCACGGCGUACAGAUCGAAAAGUAGAGCAGCUGCCUGGCUAAUUAAAAGGUUUCAUAAGAGACAGGACAUCCACGCAGACAGCGCCCAGCUGACGAAAAACGCCAAGGCUCCGGAUAGGCAAUUUGAUCAUGAUCACGUGUUUCCUGUCAAUCAAACGCUGGAGCUCUCCAAAUUGAAGGCCAGAAAUGUCAACCAUCCGCUAGAUGGCUCAAUCAAAACGCAAGAACAGCGUAGUAAUCAAGCAUCGGCCACUUUCAAUAAGAAUUCAGAUUCUAGUUUUGUAAAUUUACGAUCUGACCAAAAAAGUCGAAUAAAUGUAUCCGAGGCAGUCAAGCCUGAAAACAAGAGAGUGACACCUAUGAAAAGUAACACUGUUUUGUUUAGGGGAGAUAACGACAUAAAUUACGAUCCACGCAAAGACAAACCAAGGGGAUUCAACAAGAUGGAAGACAGCUACUCGGCAGAACCCGUUUUCCUGAAGGACGAUAGACGCAAAGGAAUUUUUUCAGCGUCUUUGGAAAACUUUAAAAAGCGUCUGCAGUUGGCCUCCAACAAAAUCAGCAUGUUGAACGAAGACAAGGAAAACCGAGCAGAAAAGUUAAAUGAUCAUUUUGUGUAUCCCCCUUUAAAUCACGUGCCUCAUCCUCCCGCAUUACCUCGCAAUCCCCGGGAGGUAAACCAGUCUUCACAAGUCGAACAAGCCAGCGGCAAAAAGCCAAAGUCUGGUAAAGAAAAUGUGGACUUCAACACAUUUGCCAAACUAGAACACGCUCACGAAACAAGAAAAGAAUCCCUGAUAGCACAAAAAUCCUCCCAUGCCCAGAGAUUCUUAAACUCCGGGAGUCAGACUCCACAGCUGGGCGAAUCCCAGACAAAGAGAGAUAUUUUAUAUAGGAAUAGGAAACCCUUGUCGAGGAUAGGGGAAAACGAAUCCGAAAACGUCCAAGCUCGGACAUCCACCAGCAGGGUCCGAGUCACUCCGGCGCCACUCACCAUGCACAACUUGAGAGUGCACGAUUCCUUGCAGUCGGCUUAUGAAAGGAGGAACAAGAGACUAAACCAGCUACAGCCGACACAGCUUCAGCUACAACAGCAGGUGAUGGAAGGCGGGAGCUUUGUAGCGGUGCCGGGAGACAGGAUGUGGCAAUGGCUAGAUGAAGUGACGCUGGAAUCCACAUCUGAUCCAACCGUUGUGACGGUCAUAGCCUUGAACAGCAGCAGAGACCAGAUGAAGCGAAUAGAAACGCCAAGACUUCUGAAAGAGAGAAUGGAAAUAUUUGUGUAAACUUGCCGUGACGUUGAAAUAUCUCUUGGAAGUAAAGUGACUCCAUGUUUCAAACGAAAUGUGUUUAAAAAACAAAACAUAUACGUGAGCGUGUAAUGUAAAUAUGUUGAAAUGUUUGCAGAAACCCUAAAGACGAGCCUCGUUAUUCCCGUUUGUAUCACCCUGUUCGACUUCUUUGGUACAUGUCAUUUACAACUGUCUUAGAUACACUGUGACUGAAACAUGAGAUCUAUAAAUAAGACUUAUGUAUUUCUAGUGGAUUGUCACGUCAGAAAUAUGUGAACAAGAACAGUCUCCUGCAUCACGUAACGCCAUUGAAUUUAGAUGAUUCUAAAUAAUGAGGCUUUCUAAAAAUGGAAUGUUUGUAUCUUUGUAUUAUCUGAUUUAUGAAUCAAUGUUCUUCCUGGCAUGGCCAGCUUUGUUACUGUCUCAACACAUCAGUUACUUAACUAGUUUUAACAAUUAGCAAAAAAAAAAAAAAGUAAUUUCAGAUUGGAUUUUUUUUUAAAUUCAUGUUUUUAAGCCCUAGUUCUUGGCUUAUAUAAAUAGUGAUUUUACAACAGCAUGCUAUACUGAAAUAGAUUUCCUUUUUUGGAGCUGGCUUUUUAAAUCGAAGAUAGGAAUUAAGGGGUUACUGGAUAGCGAAAUUUAUUUUUUUUAUUUUUGCUUUAACUUAAUAACUAUUGUUAUAUUAUAUCAUAUGACAACUCAAUAAUAAAAAAUAUAUAUAUGAAUGUUGUCUAAUGUUUCCGGGUUGCCAUGGUAACGGCAGCCAUCUUGAAAAUAAACAAAAAUUAGUUCAUAUAGGAAAAUUCUAAAAUGUUUCAAAAUAGAUAAAUUUCAAAGCUAAAAAUACUUACACCUUAAAGUAUAAAGGUGGCUGGAAGGAGCUAGCUAGAUUUUAUACAUUUUCCCUUAGUAUUGUGCAUUUUAUGAUUUUUUAAAAAAGGGUGAUUUUUUUCCUGUAAAAUGCAUCCACAUUUUUUUUCCCAAAAGAUCAUAUAUUAAAAACUUCUUCAGCUAAAGUCAUUAAAACUAGCUGAUUCUCUGUAUUAUUUAUCUCUGAAUAUGUGUAUCAAAUUUGACACAUUUAUCUCUAUUAGUUCUAGAGAUUUUAGAAAUAUGUUACAGGGGGGGUCACAAAAAAUGCAUUCACUCAAAAACAGUGAAUUUGUAUUAAGAAAAAUAUGGAAAAUAGUGUUCACCACGCAUCUUUAAAAUGCUUUUUUUCAAUAAAAAAUGCUAUUUUUUAGAAAAUUUUUGGUGCCAGUUUAUAAAAUACAUGUCCACCUAUUUAAUUACACCAAAAUUGAAAAAUCGAUUUUUUUACCCAAAAUCGGAUCCAGUAACCCCUUAAGCCAUGUUCAGAUUCUUAGGAAAUGAGACUGUGCACAUAUUCGACCACGAAGGAGGAGCGCGCGAGCGCGCGCACACACACACACACACACACACACAUACACACAUACACACAUACAUACAUACAUACAUACAUACAUACAUACAUACAUAUAUAUAUAUAUAUUUAGAUAGAUAGAUAGAUAGAUAGAUAGAUAGAUAGAUAGAUAGAUAGAUAGAUAGAUAGAUAAAUAGAUAGAUAGAUAGAUAGAUAGAUAGAUAGAUAGAUAGAUAGAUAGAUAGAUAGAUAGAUAGAUAGAUAGAUAGAUAGAUAGAUAGAUAGAUAGAUAGAUAGAUAUAGAUAUAGAGAUAUAUACUAAAAGUAGUAGGCUAGCUAGACGAAAGAAUUCUUGAAAAGGAAGAGGGGCGAUGGUCUUCCAGACGAAUAGGUCUAUAUUGUCUUCCUUUCAUUACAGAGCGAAGAAAUUCUGCCAAAUACAACGUACGUACCCAAAUAAUAAAGUGAAACGUUUCUUAAUUUAGAUGAGUUCUUAUCUUUUAAUUUCAAAAACAUUGACACAUUAGGACUCAAUUUAGAUUCGUGACCAAAUAACUUGUACUUGGGCCUCAAUGAACUUUUAGCUUCUUUGACAUUCUACAGUUUAGUGUUUCGUUGUAGAACGAUAUAAUAAGCUAAAGGCUAAGAUGCCAGGACGUUUUGUCCAUCCGAAAGGAGAUGAUCUUUUCUGUGAUUUUCAAUUUCGUUUCGACUGGUAUUCAAAUAGAUGAACCUAGAAUUCAUUAAGAUCUAUGAAAGUCAUAGUCAAGAGAUUGAAUAUUAUAUUAAAUCGAAUGUAACGAACUUUACAAAUGUUUGUACUCUGAUUUUUUUUUGUCUUUAUUUUUUUCGGUGUUGCAUAAAGACAAAAAAAGCGACAACUGUGUCUCAGAGACAUUAUUAGACAUAAUUUUAACUUACAGAAAAUGUCACGAAUUUAAAUGUUUAUUGUUUCGGGUUUGUUUGUUUUUUUUCGAUGUUUUAAACAUUUCAAUUUCGUUCACAAUAUUUCUAAUGAUCGGAUCAUGAUUGAGUCAUGAUUGGGUUUCUUCAUCGCGAGACUAGCGAGAGUCUCCAGCUUGAGUCACGUGAUAGCCCUCUAAAAAAAUAACUUUGUUUCGUUUCGCAAAUCCAAACAAGAAAACAAAGGGUUCAACACCGAGGGACUGUCCAAUCCUAAUACAACAGGGCUGUACGCUUCUUUAGUCUUCCAACAGCUUGUAUUAUUUCGAUGUAUUUCAAGUUUUCGAUCAUUGUGAAGAUGAGAGGCUGGUCCUCGAGACACACUGACAUCUUUUCUUUUCUUCAUUGUUCGUGAAGUUCCCAAUCUCUCUACUACAUUCAUCGCUCCUCCAUUUCCUCUCUCCUAUCUAUGGAGACCAAACAAAUCAUUGGGGGGGGAACCAAAUUACUGUCGUUGCAAUGCAUGCUGGUAUUUUAUUUUUCCCUCCUCCAUCUUUUUUUUUUUUUUUUUGUUUUUCGUUUUUAUUUGUCUAAAAAUAGAACAGAAUGAUUGGGUUUCGGAGAAAUCGAAUUUUGGAGCUGAAGAAAGUCGUCUGCUUAUUGCGUGGGAAUGACGUUUUGUGUGGAUGUAAAGCCAGAGAAUUAGCAGAAAAUAAAUGUUUAAUACUCGAUUGUUUUGUCAUAUCCUUGAAGGCAGUUCCUAGUGUUUUUAUAUUUAAUUAUUUUGUACUUAUUAUUAGAUCUUUACAUUGGAUACAAUAACUAUUUGACUUUUAGCUGCACGUAUAUGUAACUUUUAGAAGCUCUUAUUUCUUUCUUUUAGAAAGAUGUAUUACUUUUAGAUACACAUAUUUCUAACUUUUAGAAGAACUAAUUCCUUACUUUUAGAAGAACUUAUUCCUUACUUUUAGAAGAACUUCUUCUUUACUUUUAGAAGAACUAAUUUCUUACUUUUAGAAGAACGCAUUCCUUACGUUUAGAUGCACUUAUUCUUUACUUUUAGAAGCACUGGAAUGUCGUCUCGAUACCCCCCCCCCCGUCUUGAACCUUUCCCACGGGCCACCUGAAGGAGAGUCUGAAACUAGCAAGUGAAAAAGAAAAUAACUUUUGAUCAUUUCAAUAAUUUCAAUGAGAACCAAGAAUCCGUCUUCGUUUGUCAACUAUCUAAUUAUUGGUUAAAAGCCCAAACACAUUUACUCAAUUACUGUACGAAUUUCUAGAUGUCAGCUCUAUAAAUCCCCAAGUAGUUACUAAUUUUUUUUUACUACGCACAUGUGUCCAAAAAUAACUGCAUAAUAAACAUAAAUCAGGUUUUGGCUACCUAUCUAUUUGUACACCUUUUCAAUAUGUUUAGUAGCAAAAGUAUUAGCUGUGAAAGUAUGUAAUACCAUUGUGUUUUACUAAAUAAAAAUAUUAUGUUAAUAUAUACAUAUAUAUAUAUAUAUAUAUUGGUGUAUGCAUACUAUAUAGCUGUUAUUCUUAUUUACAGAAAUGUAUUUAUUGACUGAAAACUGAAGGUUUUAUAUAACCUUGACUCAUUUAAUAAAGUAACUAAUAUUUUAAA